AUGGGCGGCGCGGCGCUGGCCGCGGCCGUGCUCCUGGUGCUGGCGGUCGCGCCGAUCGGGGCGGAGGCGAGGUGGCGCGCCACUGAUUCGGAAGGAUUGAGCACGGGAGGGGAGCACGGCAUGAGGAGCCUGGUCCAGAUCAGAGAGUCCACCUGCGGGCGGUACCCCUACAUGACCUCCUUCCGCGACAAGGACAACAACCACAAGUGCGCGGGGGUGCUGAUCCACCCCCGCUGGGUGCUGACCUCCGCUCGCUGCGUGGAUCCCAAGGACAAGGCCAACAAAGUGAACGUGGCUGUGGUGGGUGCGUGCAACCUGGGGGAGCAGCUCACGGUGCAGAACGAGGGAGGCCAGACUGUUGAGGUCUUCCUGAUCAGCCAGACCAUCGUCCAUGAUAACUGGACAGGCAGCUUUGAGGACGGCUUUGACAUCGCAUUGGUGCUGCUCAAGGGCGCCUCACAGCACCAGUAUGUGGGCAUGCCACAGGGCAUCAAAGGCCUGUUUGCGAACGACCGAGUGGCGUUCGUGGGCUGGGGCCGGGACAAGGACCACAAGGUGGUGCCCGACAUCAGGGUGGACACAGACAUCGACGUCAUCGGAAACCAGUUCUGUGAUGAGAAGAGUGCAUGGCCCUUCCUCAAGGAUGAGAUGGUGUGCAUCACAGGGAUAAACACGCCGCCCGACCUGUGCGCAGGCGACGUGGGGGGCCCCCUGGUGGAGCUGUUCGCUCCUGAGGGCGAUCCCUCCAACGGCAACCCCAAAUUCGACGUCCAUGUGGCCAUCGCGUCGUUCGUGGAGGAGGGCGUCCCCUGCGGCCGGGACAGGCGGCCCAACGUGUACACUCGUGUGGCGCCCUUCCGCGAUUGGAUAGACAAGAAGGUCGACGCAACGCCUGAGCUUGCACCCGGCACCCGCCCGGCGCCUCGAGCGCAGUCAAACUCAACCACUGGCGCUGACGCCUCCAAUUCAACGGCAUCCCCCGAAGGCCCAGCGGAGAUCGUCGCCUUUUCCGCGGAGCCAGAGGGGGCGCCCUCCAGUGACGACGAAUGUGCAUUCUGCGGGGGAGGCUUCUGUUUCUUUUGCGAGAACGAAUCGACACCAGCCCCUGAACCUGGGGAAGGACGAAAAUGA